AUGUCUGAGCAAUUGCAAGAAGAAAAAUCUGUUGAUCAGAAAGAGGUUGAGGCCAAGGAAGAGACUGGUAAGAAGGAAGAGUCAUCCGAAAAGGAAAGCAAGUCUGAAGAACCUGCAAAGCGAAAGAAUGAGGAUGAGUCCCAAGAGAAAAAGAAGAAGAGAAAGCACUCGAGGCGCAAGUACGACGAUGUUCCGCCUGCAGAAGAUAAAGACUCCGAGGAGGAGGAGGAGGAGGAAGUUGACGAUGACAAUCUUGUAGUUGAAGAAGAAGAGGAAGAUGACCUGCAAGAAAUUGACACUGUCAACAUCAUCACGACGGGAAGAAGAACUCGUGGCAGGGUUGUGGACUACAGCAAAGUUAGCGAGCAAUUGAGCAAAGAGGAAAGCACUUCUCUCAAUGACGACGAUGGCGAGGAAGAUGGAGAUUUCAAAGAGCCUGAGGCAAAGAAUCAAUGA